AAACAAAAUCAUCGACAUUCAGUUGACUUCUCACCCUAAUCCAACCAUCAAGAAAGCGCGUGAUCGGACGCUCUACUCUGAGAUUCCCACAAACCGUUGUCCCGAUACACACGGCGAAAGAGACUAAAGAUACGAAACCCGAUGAACCGAAAGAUCCGUUUGGCUCUCCUAGUGGUUACCAUUAUCGAAAAUAUUUGCCAUUUGGAGACCUAAGUAUCCAAAACCCAAUGUCUCCAUAUAAACAAAAAGAGAAUUUUGCAUUCUUUAUAACAAACUCUCCCACGAAACAAACUGACUCACUCAAACUGAACAAAGUGUUAAUGGGAAAGGGAAGGACUAGGGAUGUGUUAGAACAGAAUUCGAGUGUGUUAUCAACAAAAAAAUUGGGAUCAUUGAGUAUACCAUCUGCGCCUGUGUAUUAUCCGACUGAGGAUGAAUUUAAGGAUCCUUUAGAGUAUGUUUAUAAGAUUAGGACAGAGGCAGAGCCUUAUGGGAUUUGCAAGAUUGUUCCACCGGAUAGUUGGAAACCUCCAUUUGCUUUAGAUUUAGGAUCAUUUACAUUUCCCACAAAAACACAGGCGAUUCACCAGUUGCAAGCGCGACCAGCUGCUUGUGAUUCCAAGACUUUUGAGUUGGAGUAUAGUAGGUUUUUGGAGGAACAUUGUGCGAAGAAGUUGAAGAAGGUGUCGUUUGAAGGGGAGGAGUUAGAUUUGUGUAAGUUGUUUAAUGCGGUGAAGAGGUUUGGAGGCUACGAUAAGGUUGUGAAGGAGAAAAAGUGGGGGGAGGUUUUUAGAUUUGUGAGAUUGAAUAGGAAGAUUUCAGAGUGUGCUAAGCAUGUGUUGUGCCAAUUAUACUACAAUCAUUUGUAUGACUAUGAAAAAUAUUACAAUAAGUUAAAUAAAGUGGUGGCAAAAGUUUGCAAGAGGGGAUUUAAUGAGGAUGUAAAAAGUGAAGGUAAGGUUGAGUUUUUGAGCUCGAAAAGGAGGAGGAGAAAUAACAAUGAUUGUGAGAGAGUUAGAGUUUGUGAUAAGGUUGUAAAGGCUGAGGAGCUUGAUCAGAUUUGUGACCAAUGCAAGAGUGGAUUGCAUGGGGAAGUGAUGCUUCUGUGUGACAGGUGUAAUAAAGGAUGGCAUAUUUAUUGUUUAGCACCACCACUGAAGCAAAUUCCACCGGGUAAUUGGUAUUGCCAAGACUGCUUGAAUUCUGAUAAAGAUAGUUUUGGUUUUGUGCCGGGAAAGCAGUAUUCCCUUGAAUCUUUCAGGCGUGUGGCUGAACGGGCAAAAAGGAAGUGGUUCAGGUCAAGAUCUGCUUCACGUGUUCAAUUGGAAAAAAAGUUUUGGGAAAUCGUGGAAGGAUUGGUGGGUGAGGUUGAAGUUAUGUAUGGGAGUGACUUGGACACUUCUGUUUAUGGGAGUGGUUUUCCACGUGUAAAUGACCCAAGACCAGAAUCUGUUGAUGCCAAUGUAUGGGAUGAAUAUUGUGCUUGUCCAUGGAAUCUCAAUAACUUGCCAAAGUUGAAAGGGUCAAUGCUUAGAACUGUUCAUCAGAACAUUACUGGUGUUAUGGUGCCAUGGCUAUAUAUAGGGAUGCUGUUCUCAGCUUUUUGCUGGCAUUUUGAAGAUCACUGUUUUUACUCGAUGAAUUAUCUUCACUGGGGAGACCCAAAAUGUUGGUACAGUGUCCCAGGUAGUGAAGCCACCGCUUUUGAGAAGGUGAUGAAGAAUAGUCUUCCUGAUCUUUUUGAUGCACAGCCAGAUUUACUGUUUCAGCUGGUAACCAUGUUGAAUCCAUCAGUGUUGCAAGAAAAUGAAGUUCCAGUUUAUAGUGUACUUCAGGAGCCGGGAAACUUUGUCAUCACAUUCCCUAGAUCAUACCAUGCAGGUUUUAACUUUGGUUUAAAUUGUGCAGAGGCUGUCAAUUUUGCUCCUGCUGACUGGCUACCUCAUGGUGGUUCUGGAGCAGAACUGUAUCAGCUAUAUCGCAAAGCUGCUGUUCUAUCUCAUGAGGAGCUCCUCUGUGUGGUAGCCAAGCAGAGUGAUUGUGAUAGCAAAGCAUUGCCUUAUUUGAAAAGUGAAUUGCUUAGAAUAUAUGCUAAAGAAAAAAUGUGGAGAGAGCUACUUUGGAAGAAGGGCAUCAUCAAGUCGAGUCCUAUGAUCCCUUGGAAAUAUCCUGAGUAUGUGGGUACUGUUGAGGAUCCAACAUGUAUUAUUUGCCGACAGUAUUUGUAUCUUAGUGCUGUGUUCUGCUGUUGUAGACCAUCUGCUUUUGUAUGUCUGGAGCACUGGAAACACCUUUGUGAAUGCAAGUCCAGAAAACUUCAUCUUCUUUAUCGUCAUACCCUGGCGGAAUUGAAUGACUUGCUUCUUACACUUGAUCGCUGUAAUCCUGAGGAGAUGCCAGGAAUUAAUAGCUUAAAAAGGCAAAUUUCAUCUUCAAAUCAAAUGAGUUCAUUGAGUAAAAAGGUCAAAGGUGGCUGCAUUACUCUUUCUCAUCUUGCAGAAAAUUGGCUUUUUCGUUCUUCUGAGGUUCUUAAUAAUCUGUAUUCUAGUGAUGCAUUUGCCACUCUGUUGAAGGAAGCUGAACAAUUUCUAUGGGCGGGUCAUGAGAUGGAUCUAGUCAGGGACAUGGCGAAGAAAUUGUCUGAAGCUCAGAAAUGGGCUGAAGGCAUAAGAAAUUGCCUUUCCAAAGCAGAGCACUGUUCAUAUCAGCCUGACUGUGAUUCGGACAAAGUGGAGUUGGCAUAUGUUAAUGAGUUGCUGGGAUUGGAUACUGUGCCCUGUAAUGAGCCUGGACAUCUAAAGUUGAAGGAAUAUGCAGAAGAGGCUAAGUUGUUGUAUCAGGAAAUUAAUGUUGCUCUGUCAAAAUGGUCAAAGAUCUCUGAGUUGGAGUCGUUGUAUUCUAGAGCUUGUGGCUUACCAAUCUGUGUGGAAGAAAGCAAGAAAUUAUCUCAAAGAAUUUCUUUUGCAAAGGUCUGGACAGACUGUGUGAGAAAAUGCAUCUCAAGUAAAAGUCCUGCACUAGUUGAGGUUGAAAUGCUUUACAAGUUAAAGUCAGAGAUAUUGGAUCUUCAAGUUGAACUUCCAGAGACAGAGUUGCUUUUGGAUCUAAUAGGUCAAGCUGAAUCAUAUCGUGUGCGGUGCAGUGAAUUAUUGAAUGGUCCUAUUAGUCUAAAGAAUGUUGAAGUGUUGCUACAAGAAUUGGAUGGUUUUAUUGUUGAUGCACCAGAAUUGAAGCUUCUAAAGCAAUACCAUAGAGAAGUUGUUUCAUGGACUUCCCGCUUUAAUAAUAUUGUGGUGAACAUUCAUGAACGGAAGGAUCAACAAAAUGUAAUUGAUGAAUUAAAUUGCAUUUUGAAAGAUGGAGCAUCUUUGAGAAUUCAAGUUGAUGAAUUGCCUCUUGUUGAGCUUGAGCUGAAGAAGGCUUAUUGCAGAGAAAAGGCUCUGAAGGCAUGUGAUACUAAAAUGUCCCUGGAAUUCAUUCAGCAAAUGAUGACAGAGGCAGUCAUGCUACAUUUAGAGAGAGAGAAAUUAUUUAUUGAUAUGUCUGGAAUACUUGUGACUGCAUUGUGUUGGGAGGAAAGAGCAGCAGAUGUUCUUGCACGCAAGGCUCAGAUGUCCGAAUUUGAUGAUAUUAUAAGGACAUCACAAGACAUAUUUGUGGUUCUACCUUCGCUAGACAAUGUCCAGGAUGCAGUGUCAACAGCUAAAUCCUGGUUGAAGAAAUGUAUGCCAUUUUUGGCACCUACUUCUUCUGAGGCACCUAUUUCUUUGCUGAAGCUUGAGGCUCUGAAGGAGUUGGUUUCUCAGUCAAAGAUUCUUAAGAUUUCAUUGGAAGAACAGGGAAUGCUUGAAACAGUUCUAAAGAAUUGUGAGGAAUGGCAGCAUCAUGCCUGUUCUCUACUGCAAAAUGCUGAGUGCCUACUUGGUAUGAGUAAUAUUGGUGAUGCUCUGAGCAAUGUUCUUACUUCAAAAAUUCAACAUCUGCUUUCCUCUAUGGAAUCCAUUAUAAAAGCUGGCUCAUCUCUCGGUUUUGACUUCCAUGAGAUUCCAAAACUCCAAAAUGCAUGUUCCACUCUACAAUGGUGCAACAAGGCCUUAUCCUUCUGUUCCGUUGCUCCUUCUUUUGAGGAUGUGGAGAACUUGAUGGAGGUUGCAGAAGGCCUUUCUACUACAUAUAUGCCUUGUAAUAUGUGGAACUCUUUGAUUCAUGGUGUUCGAUGGCUUAAGAGAGCUUCAGAAGUAGUUUCUGCUCCUUGCAAGUUCAGAAGAUUCAAGUUGAGUGAUGUGGAACCAAUUCUUGCCAGAUCCCAGGUUAUGAGUGUCUCCUUUCCUGUGAUGGUGGGCGAACUUAAGAGUGCUAUUCAGAAGCACAAGUCAUGGCAAGAACAAGUGUAUAAAUUUUUUAAUCUCAAGUAUGAGCAACGAUCUUGGUCUCUGUUGUUACAGUUGAAGGAUUUUGGGAAAGCUACUGCUUUUCAUUGUCCAGAACUAGAAAUGGUUAUAUCUGAAGUUGACAAGGUUGAAACCUGGAAGCAACGAUGUGCAGAUAUUGUUGGGAGUUCUAUUGGAGAGAUGAAUACAUUGUUUGGCUCUCUUCAGAAGCUGAAACAGUCUUUAGAUAGAUCUUUGUACAUAUAUAAUAAUUCACGAGGUUCAACCCCAAACAAUUUGUGCACCUGCUGUGCGAGUGAUUCUGGGGAAUGGAUAAUUUGUUCAAUUUGCAAAGACUGCUACCAUUUGCGGUGUGUUGGACCAACGACAGCAGUCGGUACAAACGAUGCAAAAGAGUAUAUAUGUCCUUAUUGCCAAUUUAUUGAAAGUGGAUCAAUAUCUGUAAAUGCAGGCAGCCUUCUGACAUACAAAGGGAAAAGGUCUGACUUGAUAAAGUUGAUUGAACUUCUGUCAAAUUCUGAAAAAUUUUGUGUCAUGGUUGAAGAAAGAGAUAUAUUACAAGAAGUAGUGGAUAAAGCUUUUGCUUGCAAGACCUGCUUGACUGAUAUUCUGGAGUUUGAAUUUUCUUAUUUGGAUAAAGACCUCUGCGUCAUCUCCAAUAAACUAACUGUUGCCUUAAAGGUGCGAGAGGUGGCAGGAUUGUAUGAUGAUCAAAGCAAUAGAGUGCUUGACCUGGCAUUAGCAAGAAAUUCAUGGAGAGUCAAAGUAAAUAAAUUGUUAGAGGGUUCAACAAAACCCACAAUCCGACAGAUACAACAAUAUUUGGAAGAGGGACUGGCUAUGGACAUAAAACCUGAAGAUCACUUUAGGCAAAAGCUUACAGAACUGAAAUGCAUUGGCUUGCAGUGGGCAGAUCGUGCGAACAAGGUCACAAUGGAUUCUGGUGCAUCGAGCUUAGACAAAGUCUUUGAACUUAUAACAGAGGUAGAAGGUUUACCUGUUUGCUUGGAGAGGGAACUUAAGUCCUUAAGGGCUCGAAGCAUGCUUUACUGCAUAUGCCGGAAGCCUGAUGAUGAGAGAGCAAUGAUUGCUUGUGAUCAGUGUAAUGAGUGGUAUCAUUUUGAUUGCAUUAAAUUACUUUCCCUACCAAAGAUCUUCAUCUGUGCUGCAUGUAAACCUGAGGCAGAAGAGUUGUCUACACAACAAUUGGUUGAUGAUAAUGAGAGGUCAAAUGCCAAGUUUCUGGAGCCGAAAACACCUUCACCAAAACACAUACAACCUGGAAAGAAACAGAGAAUAAGUCUAACACAAAAGAUGCUAGGCAAUUCAAAUAACAGUAGUACACUGAACUGUUCUAGUGGGAUUGAUAGCUUGUGGUGGCAAAAUCGGAAGCCUUUCAGAAGAGCAGCCAAAAAACGUGCAGUUAUGGAAAGUCUAUUGCCAUUUAUUCAUACGCAACAGUAAAGAUAAGAUGAAUAUAAAUCAUGAUCAAUCAUUCGAUUUAUUCAUAUGGUUUAACUAAGUUGUCUUGCUAGCUCAAUGAUUCAUUUAUCAAUGAAAAUUAAUUUUAGAUGGAGCUCUAUGUGAAGUUUUUGUUUCAGGGCUAGAACAACACCAUUAGCCUCACACUUAGGACUGGAUUUGAGCUGAACUGAGAACUUGGACUUGCUUGAGUUUAACUUGAAUUCUAAAUGGCUAAUUUGAGUUUGAGUUUGAA